AUGGGAAAAGCACCUUGUUGUGACAAACAUGGAGUGAAGAGGGGAUCUUGGACACCUGAAGAAGAUGAGGCUUUAGUUGAGCAUAUCAAGAAGCAUGGAGAAGGAAGUUGGCGCACUCUCCCCAAACAUGCAGGACUACAGCGAUGUGGAAAAAGUUGUAGGCUGAGGUGGAUUAAUUAUCUACGACCUGGCAUUAAGCGUGGCCCAUUUACUUCUGAAGAAGAGACUAAUAUCAUUCAACUUCAUGCCUUGCUUGGCAACAGGUGGGCUGCUAUAGCUUCUCAACUGCCAGGAAGAACAGACAAUGAGAUCAAGAACUAUUGGAACACCCAUCUAAAGAAGAAUCUUCAUCACCACUCCGGAGGGACUAAACAACCUUGUCUCAGCCCUCAUGCAGGGAUUGUCAAGUCGGAAUCUCCUUCGACACGGCACAUGGUACAAUGGGAAAGUGCUAGAGUUGAGGCUGAGGCAAGGUUGUCAAUGGAAUCCUCAUUGAACAAUUCAUGGUCACCAGCUAAAGCUUGCCCUGAUUACUUUCUUAGAUUAUGGAAUUCCGAGGUUGGAGAGUCGUUUCGUGGCCUCAAGGGAAGGGAAAGAGUAGGAGAGAGUCAUAGCCUUGUCUCACAGGCUUCAACACCAUCAUCAUCAUCAAAAUUGGAGUCAUGUUCAGAUGCCUCAUUGCAUUUGAAAAACACUGUUCAAGAACAAAUAAGUAGCUGCAAACCAAAGCUUGAAUAUGACACAGGUGGAUCAGAUUCCGGCAACUAUGAGUACCUUGAUACUUCUGAUUCCGCAUUCAAACAAUAUCUGGAUAUGCCUGAUGAAGAUAUAGAAUUCUUGGACCACACUGACAGUUUCCUGAACCCUCCUGAUGAUGAGGAGGAGGAGGAUGAUAGAUGUGACUAA